AUGUACCAUCUGGCAAUUAGGACAUGGUUGGCGAUAGUGUUGGUAAUGGUUGGCAUAAGCCUGUUCUUCGACACCGCCUCAGCCCUCUUCAUGGACGGUAGCUGUCGAGGUUUAAUGGGUAAUCGUGACAUUUACAAGAAGGUUGUACGUGUGUGUGAAGAUUGUACUAAUAUCUUCCGAUUGCCAGGGUUGGACGGUUUGUGUAGAAAUCGGUGCUUCUACAACGAAUGGUUCCUGGUCUGUCUGAAGGCUGCGAACAGGGAGGGCGAGAUCGAAAAUUUCAGAGUGUGGGUAAGCAUACUGAGUGCUUGA